GAAUGACAGUUGAUCAUGCAGGGCCAUGAGUCUUCCGUCAGCAGAGACGCUGAGAACCGUGCAUUCCAGACCGUCUCUCUCGUUCUCUCGGUGUUUGUCGUUAUUAUCCGUGAUAUGUCGUUUACAUAGGCGCUCCAACUCAUUCUCCGUGCUCCACUCCUCUUGGCUUUUUCAUCUCCAGGUAAGCUGAUCCCCCCCAUGGCGCCCCUCCUCCGUACCCUCUCCAGACGUGAUGCCAUCCUCAUCCUCCUCGGUGCCCUCUCCAUGCACUUCUUCUCCGCAAUCGCUCUUUUUGGCUCCCAUUCCUCCAUAGUCAUCAACACACAUCACCAGCUGAUGCAAGACACAGUGCAUGAUCGCGAGGAAAACUUUCAUGUCAGCCCAGAUCAGGACUUCAAUGAUUCACACCCCCCUGUCGAAUCAAGUUCUAGUCAUGAUGUGGAACCUAAUCACACCCCUAUUCCUCUGCAAGACAGCUCACUACACACACAUUCGCUUACUCUCCCUCAUACAACGAUCGUUGAACAUGUUCCCGGUUGGACCGUUUUUCGUGAUCUUUACAUGUCAAAUGGAACUCUUUUCAUCGUCACUUCCUCCCCGUUAAACUUCCCCGACAUCCGCUUUAUGACCUCUACUGGCCUGCGAGCAGAAAACACACCCGAGAAUAUAGCUCUGCGAGAGCCUACUCCGGAUAAUAUGCAACUUAUUAGCCCUGAGGAGGCGGAAAAACGAUGGGGGAAAGAGGCCGCAACAAGGAGAGUAUGGACCGUCGAGGGUAACACUUUCCUUUUCAACGACCCUUCUCAAUUCCUUGGCCAUUAUUACCACUUUUGCGCAGAGUUAUUAUUUGGCGCCUGGGCGUUCUGGACGGGCGCAAUGACGGAUCAGUCGAAUCCUCCACCGCCCAUUCACCGUGCUAUAUUCCCACACUCAUCCGGUGCGGGGUGGCGUGACCACCCUGGGUUCAAUGCCUACUUCUUUCGUGCCGCAUUCCCCUCUAUCACAGUUGAAGUCGAUGAAGACUGGGCAGACCGUGUCCAUGCAUCUUCCCUCGAGGCCAAAUAUGAAGGAAGGGCCUGGCACUUCCCCUUGCUUCUACUUUCGGAUCGAUCCGCAGCAUUCCGUGGUAAGUUCUGUGGGUCGGAAAAUCAAAGGACAGCCAGCGAGGCAGUUGAUGGCCUUAUCGCUCGUGGAAGACUUAGCCAUGGUGGCCUCUGGUGGCAUAAUGUGCGAAAUGCUUUAUGGCGAUUUGCUGGUGUGGAUGAAAGUAUUAUGGAUUCCACGUCAGGCGAAUUUGAGCAGCAAGAUACAGUGGUUGUUACCUACAUAUCACGGCAAUCUGGACGUCGGCAUCUAAUUGAAGAGGAUCACGACGGUCUUGUGAUCGCACUAGAAGAACUCGUUGAGCGGAAAAAUGCAGAGAGAAGCGCAUAUGAGGGAACCGAGCGUCCGAGACCAUGGGAGCUGAAUAUAAUACAGGCAGAAAAACUCAGCAAAGAUGAACAAGUUCGUAUUGCUGCGAGAACCACUGUAUUACUUGGCGUGCAUGGGAAUGGUCUCUCCCAUUUGAUUCUGAUGCCGCGCACACCUAUAUCAACAGUCAUCGAGAUGUUCUUCCCGGGUGGGUUUGCACAUGAUUAUGAAUGGACUACCGGCGCACUUGGGAUGCAGCAUUUCGCUGUUUGGAACGAUACUUACUAUACCAAGGGCGAUACCCCUCGCGUUGCAUACCCCGAAGGUUUCCAAGGCGAGCAAAUACCAGUGUACGGCCCAACUGUUGCGAAGAUCGUGGAAGACAGAGUCGGCGGAUUGAUAUGACCAGCAACAACCUAUUCUGUGGGCAAUGGAUUUGGAUAAGACCGCUACAAUGAAGAAACAGGAUAAGGCAUUAUAUAUUGUACACUUUGAAACCUAGUCUAAUUUCCACUAUCUUUGGGCGAUGAGAUGGACAUAUAGCUUUCGGAUGCAUCUAUCUUAUAUUACGUGUUUUAUGGAAACAUGCUUGUCCCUCCU